AUCUUGAAAAAAACCUUAUCUUUCUAUAGUCAGUACCUUAGCCAUUAUCUCUAUAGCAACUCAACAAUGGCUUCUUCCGUUUCUUCUCUUCAAUUUCUCUUUGUCACCCCACAAACCCUUUCUUCUCUAAAACCCCACCAUUCCACUUCAACUUCAUUUUCUUUCUUUUCUUUACCAUCAAAGAAUCUUUCUUUAUCUUCUUCAACAACAACACCUUCUUCUUUUAAGCCUUUUGAGUCAUCUUCUAGGUUUGUACGUAACGUGACGUUGUCUGAAUUUGACCAACUGGAAGACGAUGUUGAAGAAGUGGAGCAACCUAAUUUCUCACCAGACCUUAAACUGUUUGUUGGUAAUUUGCCAUUCAGUGUUGACAGUGCUGCUCUUGCUGGUCUUUUUGAACGUGCUGGAAAUGUCGAAAUGGUUGAGGUUAUAUAUGACAAGCUUACAGGAAGAAGCAGAGGGUUUGGUUUUGUGACAAUGUCUAGUAAAGCUGAAGUGGAAGCUGCUGAACAACAAUUCAAUGGAUAUGAAAUCGACGGGAGGGCAUUGAGGGUGAACUGUGGGCCACCGCCAGAGAAAAGGGAGAAUUCUUUUGGAGGUGGACGAGGUGGAAGAAGUGAGAAUUCUUCUUUUGGAGGUGCACGGGGUGGUGGGAGAAGUUUUGAUAGCUCCAACAGAGUCUAUGUAGGAAACCUUUCAUGGGGUGUCGAUGAUCUCGCACUAAAAGAAUUGUUCAGUGAGCAAGGCCAAGUUGUGGAUGCCAAAGUAGUCUAUGACAGAGAUAGUGGUAGAUCAAGGGGCUUUGGAUUUGUAACAUACAGUUCCGCUAAAGAGGUCAACAAUGCAAUCGAUAGCUUGAAUGGCGUUGACCUUGAUGGCAGGUCCAUACGUGUAAGCGCUGCUGAAGAGCGUCCAACCAGGCGUCAAUUUUGAAUGUGUUAAAACUACAUCUUUUUGGCUGGUAUAAAAGCUUGAGGUAAACAACUAACACGUCCUGGUUUCAAAUUUCUGCAUAGUCUUUUCCAAGGCAUAGCUGAGAAUGCAUCAAUAUUUAUUUUUUAAACUUGAAUGGAUUUAGUAACCUCUGAUGAAAUUGUCCACUCACACCCUUCACUCCAACAAGGGUCUAUUUUUUUGAUAAUGGUACUAUGAAAGUGAAGAAAAAGGAGGAUGAAAAUUGAAAAAGCUCAAAAUACCAUAUGCACAGUGUCUUUCCCCUCUUAAUCCCGUGUCCAUUUACUUGGUUAUUUUUUAGGUUCAGCAUUCCUACAGAAUGUGUUUUUGUUCUUACAAAUGUAUAAUCUACAUGGCAGGGCCUGGAAAUGCACAUCAACUGUGUGCACCUUCAACACCUGCUACUUUCACACCAAAGUUGGUACAAAAUUUUGGUAUCUGCAUCUAGACUAAUGAGAGUAUUCACAAGUAUAUUUUCUUUUACAAGUGUAUGUUCUAAAAUUGCCUCGGGAAAAGAUUUCGACCUGUAAUUUAUAUCCAUUAGCUGAUAAUGGACUAGACGAUGACAUGUUAGAUCACUUUUUGGGAUG